CAAGAAGAAGCGUUCAGAAGGAAAACUUUUGGUUUGCUCAAGCUCGUGAGAAAAUUAUUGGGCGUAGAUUGGUGACGCUAAAGUUACCGUGGGUGUUUUAAAAUGAUACUGAGAUAUCGCUUUUUCGGUGUUUUUUGCAAUCACGGUAGAAAGCUAAGUCAUUACACGCCCUCUGGAUAUUCACAAGUUAUAUCAACUGCUGAAGUCAAGAAGUUUUGUAUUCAGUGCUUAGAAAAAGUUGGAGCACAAUCAAAACAUGCAAAAGCACUCAGCGAUGUCCUAGUUGCUGGCGAUUAUCGUGGUCAUUAUAGUCAUGGGCUGAAUAGACUAGAAAUGUACGUACAGGAUAUUCAGAAAGGUGUAUGCUCAAUAGAUUUAGAACCCAUAAUUGUGAAAGAAACAGUGUCCACUGCACUUGUAGACGGAAAAAAUGUUUUAGGUCCAGUUGUAGGAAAUUUUGCGAUGGAGACAGCAAUCGAAAAGGCCGAUAAAACGGGGAUCGCUUUCGUUGCGGCAUUCGGUUCUAAUCAUUUUGGUAUUGCUGGAUGGUACAGUCUCAUGGCUCUACAACAAGGGCUCAUCGGUCUUGCGUUUACGAACACUUCUCCCUUGGUAUUUCCUACACGAGCACGAAAGUUAGCUGUUGGAACAAAUCCAAUCACGUUGGCAGCACCUGGUAAAGUUCCUGAGGAUCAUUUUGUUUUAGAUAUGGCUACAAGUGCAGUAGCAUUGGGUAAAAUUGAAAUGAGUCGAAGAAGAGGUAUUGAAAUACCCAAAGGAUGGGGUGCUGAUACUGAUGGAAAAACAUCAGUUGAUCCAAAUUUAGUUGUUACAAAAGGUGGAUUAAUGCCACUUGGUGGCGAAGAAGAAAAUAGUGGUUAUAAAGGAUAUGGUUUAGGGAUGCUUGUUGAAAUAUUAUGCGGCAUCAUUGCAGAUGCUGCAUUUGGACCAAAUAUUCGUCGAUGGUUGUCAACUGAUAGACCGGCUAAUCUGGGUCAAUCAUUCCUAGCCAUCGAUCCCAAAGCGUUUGCUCCAGGAUUUGAACAACGAUUAUCAGAAUAUGUCAAUAUUAUGCGUAAUUUACCACCGGAAGGGGUUGGCAAAGCAACGGCGUCAUUCAUACAAGUGAAAAAACAUAUGGAACUCAAAACAACUGUCAGCAAACAUCAAAGUCUGAAUUUUCCAUAUGAACGUCAAGAUAGUUUUACUGUACGGAGCUGAAAAUUGGAGAACUACGACAAUCAUCGUUAAAAAGUGCAGGUAUUUAUAAACAGCCAUCUACGCACAAUACUCAAUAUUUAUUAGACGGACAUCGCCAGCAACAACUUACAAUGGCAGAGAACAAACCAAGUUUCAGCUAAAGAAUAAAUUAGGAAAAGACGAUGGAGAUCGGUAGGAUAUACACUGCGGAAUUUAAACUGCAUCACGAACCAAGCCCUAACUUAGGAUCCUGGAGGUAAAAGGAAAAGAGGAAGACCAAAGAACACAUUGCUCAGAGAAUUGGAGACAGACAUCAAAGGCAUGAAUAGCGCUUGGAAAUAUCAGAAAAGGAGAGCUCAAGACAGAGUUGGUUAGUGAAUUCUGAUGGGCGGCCUAUGCUCCAGUAAGGGUAACAGGCGUAAGUUGAUAGUCAGAAACCUGUGGUAGUUCCUGGAGAUUUUGAAAGAGAGCAUAUGGCAGAAUGCGAUGAGCUUGGUGGUAUCCCAUAUCCUCCAGUAUUGAUUGAAAGUUUAAAUCGUUUAGCUGAUCAAUUAAAAGUUGAUAAAAUGAAGAUUAUCAAAAUUUUAUAAACAUAAAUUACAUUUUAUAUUAAUCAGUUGACAAACUAUAGAAAUUCAAUUAAUUUUCAAUAUAGAACUUUACCUUCAACAACAACAACAAUAACAACAAAAACUGAAUACGAAUAAUACUAAUAUACUUUAUCGUAUGAAACGCUCUAUAGUGUUUGCUUUGUUUGCUUUGUUUGUUUGUUUAACUUAUUCCUGUACAAAAAAUAAUUUAACAAUUCAGGUGAUAGAUAUUGUCUUAUUUCAAUGAUUUCACUUGGAUAGAUUUAAUUUAUGAUAAUAUUGGUACAAUUUGUUUUUUUUUCUACAUUGAUCUGUGUUUCACAAUAUUUUCUUUUGUGAUUAUAGAAUGUAGUAAAACAGACUUUGAUUAGAAAUCUGAUGAUAUACUUAUUAUAACUUGUGAC